UUUUAUACAAUAUUGCCAAUUUUUCCGCCUCAAGUAUCUGUUCUGGUUUACACUCCCACCACCAGUAGAUAAGAGCUCCUGUUACCAUCUUCAAUGCUCACACUAAGUACACCAGUCUUUACUCCAAUAGAGGCCCUACGAUGGCUACGGAAGUGAGAACCCAAGUGGCGGAACAUCCUCUGAUGAGUCCAGGCGCUGAGCUGAAACCUGAGAAGAAGUCAGGGUGCAGGCCAAGGAGCCACGGGGACAGCGGUCCACGGAAAGAACUGCUGAUCCCAGGGAUCGCGGAUAUCGAGCUGAUCCGAGAGGCACUGAGGACCCCCAAGGCGCAAACCCCUGGUGCCUACCGCUUCGGCCGGCUCAGCCACCACUCCUUCUUCUCCCGACACCACCCCCACCCCCAGCACGUGACCCACAUCCAAGAUCUCACCGGGAAGCCGGUCUGCAUCGUCCGGGACGGGUUCCCUCUGGGUGCCUCACCUCAAGCCACACCCUUAUCCCGCUAUCUGAUGGGGAUGCCCACCAUCUCUGUCCCCAUUGGAGACCCGCAGUCCAAUCGGGAUCCCCGGCUUUCUUCUGAGACCUGGAAGAAGGAGUUGAAAGACCUGGCUUCCCGUGUGGCUAUCUUCACCAAGGAGAAUGAGCUGAAGAGCAAGGAGAAGGAGGAGCCUCAGCGGGAGCAGGGGGCAAAGUACUCAGCAGAGACCGGUAGGCUCAUUCCUGCUUCCACCCGGGCCAUGACCCGCCGCCACUCCCGCCAGGGCCUGCGAAGCCAGCCCAAGAGCAGAGAUGGAGGAAUCCAGGCCUUCAUCCUACAGGAUCAGGAGUUGCUGAUCCUGGAGCUCCUCUCUCAAAUCCUGCAGACAGACUCCCUGCAUGCUAUCCAGUUUUGGCUCCUCUACGCUCCCCCCAAAGAGAAAGACAUGGCGCUGGUGCUCCUGCAGACAGCGGUGGCUCAGCUCCUACCCCAGCCUCUGGUCUCCAUCCCAGCAGAAAAACUCCUGAACCAGCUCCAGAAAAUUCAAGAACCAUCUCAAGAGAGGCAACAGCUACCUUACAGCCAAUCCCCGAAGAAGACGAAGACACCACCUCUAACAAAAAGCGAAAAACCAGAGAACAUUGGGAAAGCACAAGUUCUUCGCCUGCACUCGAGCCCGAACCCAGCAGAGAAGGGGUCAAAGGCAAAGGCAGAGGGCUGAGGAGUUCGCGCCACUUUGCCCACCUUUCUCAGGAGAAGCCCCUGAGUUCGAAGAGUCAGCCCCCACCUCCUCAACAGCCCUAUCGGUUUUCCUACCACGUGGAGCCUAUUAAAAGACUGUCUUCCCCUUAAGAGGACAGUUCUGCUCUCCUA